GGAACGGCAAGGUACCAAAGCUUCACCUGCAUGGCUCUUGGUUUCAGCUUUGAAUACGAAGUUGAUGUGGAAGAUCGGGCGAUCAGUUUCAGUGGAUCGCCAACGGCAGGAUAUACUGGGAUUCGUACUCGAACCUGAGAUCGUGAGUAUGUUGGGGGAUCGAGAAGUCGUCAUCAUUGGCGCUGUCGCGUGCGGUUGGGGAUGGCUUGUUGACAGGACGCGACUUCAUGGCAGACUCGACACCAUUAGGCAUGCACUUUAUACGAGGGAGUCGUAGGCCUCCGAGAAUAGACACGGGAAUGGUGUGUCUGGUCGCAUCAUCGAUACAGCAAAGUCUUUGACACGAUCAGUAUCGAGGAAAGGGGGUUUCGGUGCGAAGGGACGUGAAUUCGGUCGCAAACAUGACCUUGUCUGUACGUGAACACAAGGCGACUACAAGUUACGAGUUGAGAGACCAGUUAUUUUCGUGGAUACGAAUAUGAGACCUGGCAAACUGCUGUUCACAGGCGAGAGGCUUCCCAUGAGGUUGACGGAACUGUGGAUUUCGGGGGGCCUUGUCAGUCAGUGCGAGUACGAGACGAUGGGAAACUUGAUGGACUUUGAUAUGGCAAUCCGGGUCUCCAGUGACGUCUUUCGAAUACUUGUACCAGGGUGGAACAAGGAAAAUACUGGGUCUCUGUAUAAUGUUCAGUAUGAUCGUCGGUGGCUCAAGGGGCACACACCAAGGCAUCAACCCGGUUCACUGACAGGUGUCUGUGCUGAGACUGAUCAACUGCUGAGUAUCGGGCUUGAUGAGAAUUCACCAGCCGAUCGCAAGAUGGAAUGGCAUGGGUUGAAAUGAACCUGAUGGUUUAGAAAGGAG